GCUCCCUUACUGAGUCUACCAGUCCGGCCACUCGCCCUUGCUCUACCGACCCAGCGCGACUCGGCCAUGCAGCAGGCGUUCGCGCUCAAGGUCGACCCGGACGCCCCGACAAAGGACGAGCAGUUCCGCCAGGACCUCAACGUCCGCCUCGAGUGCCCUGACUGCAGGGACCAGGGCAACAUCCAGGAGGAGUUCUCGUCGGGCGACCUCGUGUGCGGCAACUGCGGCCUCGUUCUCGGCGACAAGAUUGUCGACACACGCUCAGAGUGGCGUUCGUUCGCCGACUCGGAAGGCGACGACCCGUCUCGAGUGGGAGGCCCCGCCGACCCGCUCCUCGACGCGUCCGACCAGUUGAGCACCGUCAUCUCGUUCAAGGACAACAACACGGGCGUCGCGCGCGCGCUCCAGAUGGCCGCCUCGCGCGUCGCAAAGGACGCCCAGGGCGGCACCGGCCGCGACCUCCAGGGCGCGUUUCGCGAGAUUGCCACCAUGUGCGAGGCCAUCUCGCUCCCCAAGAGCAUCAUCGACACGAGCAAGAUGCUCUUCAAGCGCGUCGACGAGGAAAAAGUCCUGCGCGGCAAGAGCGAGGCGGCCAUCAUUGCCGCGUGCAUCUUUAUCGCCUGCCGCCAAGGCCGUGUCGCGAGGACGUUCAAGGAGAUUGUCGCCCUCACCAACGUCUCGAAGAAGGAGAUUGCCGGCGCGUUCAAGAUGAUCGACAAGCUGUUCGACACGCACUCGCCUCACGGCGCCGCCUCGACCGACCUCGACAGCCUCAUCUCGCGCCUGUGCAACCACCUCGCGCUGUCGGUCCCUUUGCAGCGCGCGUGCGCCGCGGCGGGCCAGCGCGCCGUCGACGACGGCGUCCUCGCCGGCCGCAACCCGAUCACGAUCGCGAGCUCGUGCAUCCUGUUCGUGUCGGCGCUGUGGGGCCAGAGGGUCGACCCCAAGCGGAUCGCAGAGGUCGGCGGCGUGCAGGACUCGACGAUCCGCACUGGGUACCGGCUCCUCCUCACGGUUAAGGAGCGGAUCGCCGACGCCAAGUGGUUCGAGGAGGGCCGACCGCCCGAGCAGCGCGCCGACUGGAGCCGGGUCGCGCCUGCGCCCAAGCCGGCCAACGGCGCCGCCGUCGUCACACUCGACUGAGUGAGCUCUCUGGUCUCUCUCUGCCUCUCGCCUGUACUUGAUCCUCCCUCGCAAUGCAUGUUGUCGCUCGUUCGAGCGGGUCCG